AUGGCCAGACUCAACACGGCCAAUCCUCUGGUCCACGGCACCCCUCACAGGGGAAGCAAGGACACACCCACCAAUAUUGACAGCCAGCGGUCAAACCAGCCAUGUUCCAACACGAGGUCCCCCACCAAGUACGACUUGCCCAAAGCUCAGAAUCAGACUCGACGGCAAUUAGCGAGAUCGAGCACUUUCAAUAUAUUGCCUGAUGACGAAUCCGCUUCGGAAUGUGAAAUUGGGAGUCAACACACUGGAAAGCAGACAAGACCACGGACACUGGGACUCGCCCGUGUGAAUUCGCUACUUCUUCCGAAGAAACAAAGACCCCGACCCAACCUCAUGCGGACCGCCGGCUACGACAAAGAAAACGACGUACCUGAACAUUCUACGGAUGAAUUUCGCACGCCUGGCUCAACGCCAACCAGGCCAGCACCAGCCAGACCAAGUGCCCCGCAAAUGUCAAACAGGGCUAGAGAGAGACCGGUUGGGCGGAGGCAGCUCGUGAGCAACCGGCAAAGAGAGGAUACAGGCGCCCAAAACUUUGAUGAUAGCUUUGAUUCACUCGACGACUUCAUCGUCAGCGACAAUGAAGAGCCUAGCUCCCACGAAGAAUCCGACCAUGAAACACCAGACACAGAAGAAGAACCCACACCACCACCUUCCCCUGUAAAGUCUCCCCGGAAGAGACUUUUACGCGGAAGAAGACCACCUUCCGAGACAGAACCUACAAUCAGUGCAGAUGCGACCUUGCCAGCAGACAUGGAAGAUCUAAAGCCAUCCAAAGAUUCAGCACCGAUACCCACGAUAUCCAUCGCUACGGACGAGACCUACGAACCAAAGUCACAAGGUGUAUCUUCCAAUGAUAGCACGAACGACCCAGAGUCCGAGGACAGCACACCAUAUCCGCUGUAUCCGCAACGCCACAACUCUGAAGAUCUCAUUAAACACCUCGAGAGCCUUGACUUGUCGAGUGAUGAGGAGGAUAAUCUCCAACCCCAGAAGUCAACACCCAGAUUGGACUCGGAUAAUGAACUGCCUUCACCACCAAAGCCAAGUCGCAAGCAAUCAACGCCGCUCACCCCAUCAACCUCGGCGCCAAAAGACACGCCUCCAACUACUAUAAGGGCUCAAAAGAAAGCUGAGGCGGCACGAAAACGUGAGAUUCGUGCGCAAAUCGCCGAAUUCAACGAAAACAAGGUUGGGUUUGCCGAAGAGUUCCUCCGACACUUGGAGAGUAUCUUUGAUGGUCGCAUUGGCAGCAUGACCAAAGACACCGGUGGCAUCAAACUCGUGUGGACCAAAAACUUUAGAAACACCGCUGGUCGGGCAACAGUUCGGUCAGAAAGAGUGUUUCUGGGAGAAGGUGUUGAGGAUCCCGGACGCCGGCGUUACAAUGCCACUAUUGAGUUGUCCGAGAAAGUCUUGGAUACCGAGGACAAGAUCCUGUGCACCUUGACCCACGAGUAUUGCCAUCUGCUCGACAUUCUCAUCACCGAGAACAGGGGCAAGGGUGCAGCGCAGCACGGCGUCAGCUUUAAACAGUGGGGUGCACGAUGCACCCAGGCGUUAAAGAACCACCCUGUUUAUGGAGGUCGCGUGGAGGUUACAACCAAACAUACUUACGAGAUCAACCAUAAGUACGUUUGGGCUUGUGUGGGACUGGGAUGUCCCUUUGAGGUCGGGCGACAUUCAAAGAGCGUGGACCCCGUCCGUCAUCGCUGCGGCCGUUGCAGAGGACAUCUCAAACAGAUCAAGCCGGUACCUCGUGCUCCACCAAAGAAGAACAAUACCAAGAUUGUGAUCAAUUUGGAUGACGAUUGA